GUUCCUCACAACUCAGUUAAUAGUCAGCAGCGUCUUCUCUCCAUUGGAUUACCCCUUCCUCUGUUACUUUGGCCGCUUGUAGCUUUAUACCACUACUCCUUCUUUGAGCAAACCCGCAGGUCGAGUCUUGCUCCUCAAACUACUCCUCUCUAAUCUACCACCAGCAACAAUGCGCUUCAGCACUAUAUUUACCCUUGCCACCUAUGGCCCUCGGCUUUGCCGGUGAGGUCAUUGCCAAGCCCAGCCUCGUCAUCGGCUACUACCCGUCAUGGAAGCGCCAGUACAUGUCGGCCAUUGACUUCACCAAGUACACCCACAUCAACCUGUCCUUUGGUGAUUGGUUUACUCCGCAAGUUGUUACGGAGAUGCACGGCAAGGGCGUCAAGGUUCUGAUGUCUGUCGGUGGUUGGACCGGCUCCAACCUGUUCUCCAACAUCCUUAAGAACCCAACCACACGUACUACGCUGCUCAACAGCAUGACCGACUACGUCAAGAACAUGAACCUUGAUGGUAUCGACAUUGACUGGGAGUAUCCGGGCCGAAUGGGCAACAACUGUAACGUUAUAGAUGCCGCCAACGACACCCCCAACUUCCUCAAGUUCGUGCAGGACCUGCGUGCCCAGUUCGAUUCGACUUUUGGCACUCGCCAGAAGCUGAUCACUAUGGCUGUGCGCGUUGAACCCUUCGACGUGAACGGUGCUCCAUCUGCUGACGUGUCUGCGUUCGCCAAGGUUGUCGAUUUUGCUAACCUGAUGCAGUACGACAUUAACGGUGGAUGGAACCCGCAGACUGGCCCUAAUGCUCCGUUCAACUACGAGAAUGGUAAGGGGAUGCAGCUCACAGCUGGAAUUGGCUUCUAUGGUCGCUCGACCACAGCUACUGUUGACAUGACCCUUGACCCGAACAACCAAUACCAGAACCAGUCAUCGGUUGUUCCUCUUGGCGAUUCGGAGGAUGCUCCCUGGUAUGAUGCCUGCGCAGGGGCAACUGCCAAUUCGGGAACCUGGCAGUGGAAGCACCUGCGUGACCAGGGCCUUUUGUCGGCACCGACUACUGCGAAUGCGCCGUGGGUUCGCAAGUUUGACCCUAUUUCGCAGACACCGUGGCUGUUCAACCCGAACACCAAGAUCUUUAUCUCGUACGAUGAUCCCCAGAGCAUCAAGGUCAAGGUAGACUAUGCCGCUGCCAAGGGUCUUGCAGGAGCCAUGGUUUGGUCUGCCAACAUGGACUACAACGGCGAGUUGAUGAAUGCUAUUCAGGCCUGGCCCGGAAACGGUGGUGGCUCAACUACCACUACCACCCCUGCCCCUCCGGUCACGUCAACGACUAACACGGCUACUUCCUCUGCUCCUGGAACCACCACUGACCCGGCUCCCACGUCGACCACUGGUGGAGGCGGACCAGUUGCUGGUGGCCCCUGCUCAUCGCAGGGUGCCUACCAGUGCGCAGACACUACUGGCAAGAAUUCGGCAUACUUCAUUUGCAACAGCGGCACCUGGGUCCAGCAGGCAUGCGGCUCCGGAACCGCCUGCUUCCAGUCUGGUGCGAACAUCGUCUGCAACUGGCCAACUGCUUAAACCCCUCGUAUACUUUGACAAGAUGCAAUAUCCUAGUAGCUAGUAUAUUGUAAUCCAGGAAGCGUGACCCUCAAGCACUGUUGCCAGUAAUUAGGAGUAGGUUUGGGGUAGUUAAAGUGGCAGGUUAA